AUGGCGACAGCUCGCGACGUCCAUGUCGCCCUUCUCGUUUGCCUGCUCCUCUUCGUCUUCUCCGGCCAGCCGCAGCCGGCGAGCGCGUCGAAGAGCGGCAAAAGGUGCUACCGGUUCCGGAGCCCCCCGGUGGUCGCCUUGGACAUUGGCAACACCAACUCCUGCAUCGCCGGCUACGUCGCAGACGGGUCAGACGCCAUGUUCCAGCUCUGCAUCCCUUCCUGGGUCGCCUUCACCGCCAACGGCACGAUCCUCGUCGGCGACGACGCCCAGGACUAUGCUGCCGUCGACCCCGCAUCCGCCGUCUCCGGCUUCAAGCGCCUCAUCGGGAUGAGAUGGAGCCACAUGUAUGAGGUUGUGCAGCGAAUGGCGAAGGAGGCGCCGUACAAGCUGGUGGAGAAGAACCUAUACCCUCACAUCAAAAUGAAGACCGGUUACAUCGUCGGCGGCACGGCCAGGAACGAGCUGAGCACCGACGAGGUCAUGGCCAUGGUGAUCGGCAAGCUGCGGGAGGCGGCCGAGUCGUACAUGAGCUGCUCGGUCCGCCACGCCGUCUUCACCGUGCCCCGGCACUACUACGACUCGCCAUGGAGGCAAACGGAGUUCGCCGGCCACAUCGCCGGCGUGCGCGUGGCGCGGAUGCUGGACGAGCCCAUCGCGGCCGCCGUGGCGCACGGGCUCCACCGCCGGCUGCGCAACGAGGGCGUCGCGCUCGUGCUCCACGUCGGCGGCGCCACCACCGAGGCGAGCCUCAUGGUCCUCGACGACGGUGUCUUCGACUUCCUCGGCGGCCGCCAUGACGCGUUCCUCGGCGGCGACGACUUCGACCGCCGCGUCGUUGACUACUUCACGGCGCUCAUGAAACGGAAGCACGGCAGGGACAUCAGCAACGACACCCAAGCGCUGGCAAAGCUCCGAACAGCCUGCGAGCAUGCCAAGAAGGCGCUGAGCACGCGGCGGCAGGCCGAGGUCGUGGUCGAAUCCCUGGGCUUGGCGGAGACGCUGACGAGGGCGGAGUUCGAGGAGCUUAACGGGGACCUGUUCGGGGAAGUGGUGAAGUUGGUGCACAGGGCCAUGGUUGGCGCCGACCGCGAGCUGGACGGGAGGAGCAUCUGGGACGCGGUCGACGAGGUGCUGCUCGUCGGCGGGAGCGCCGUGAUCCCCGAGAUCCAGAGGCUCGUGAGGGACUAUUUCGGGGGGAGGAAGAAGGUGGCGGUGCACGCCGGGGUGAAGCCUGACGAGGUGGUGACUCUCGGAGGUGCUCUGCUUACCCGUGCUGACGCCGGCGGGUACCCUUGCAUGGGCGUCGACGGCCGGCGGCAGAGGGGGUAUCAUUCCGACUGGUGCGACAACCGUAGAUGGUAG